AUGCAUCACAUUAAUAUCUCAUCCUUCAUCCCCUUCAAGCUCAGCCUGGACGCCAACAAUUACACGAAGUGGCGCCAGCUCUUCGCCUUUGUACUGACCAAGUACCAAGUCGAGGAUCACGUCGAGGAAGCCGUUGACCCCCUGCAUGCCGACGCCAUCUGGAGGAACGAUGACAUUACCAUCGUCCUCUGGAUCUACGCCACGAUCUCCGAUGAACUCUACGACGUGGUCCAGUCACCGAACAACACCGCGUACCAGCUCUGGCGCGAGCUGGAGGUCUUCUUCCGCGACAGCGCCGCCGGCCGCGCCGUCCACAUCGGGGCUGAGUUCCAGGCUACGGUACAGGGCGACCUGAGCAUCGCCCAGUACUGUCGUCGCCUGAAGCAGCUCUCCGACGCCAUGGCCGACGUGGGCGAGCCCGUCACCGACCGCUCCCUCACGUUGCAGCUCGUGCGGGGCCUCAGCCGCCGCUUCCACGUCAUGGCGACCUUGCUCCCCAUGCAGGUGCCGUUCCCCACGUUCAACCAGGCCCGCUCCCGUCUCCUGCUGGAGGAGAUCUCGCUGGGUGAGCGGGAACGCACCGAGGGGGCCGCGGCUCUCUCCAUCGGGCACGGCGGCGGCUCGUCGUCCGGCAACUCCGAGCGCGGUGGUGACCGCGGUGAGCGACAGCCUCCUCCGUCCCCGAGUGACAAGGGCAAAGGGCCGGCCACUCCACCCUCUGGCGACCACCAGCGUGGCGGGCGCGGCCGCGGGCGCGGUCGUGGGCACGGCUCCAACACCUCCUCGCCUGCUCCACUCGGGCGCGGCCAACAGCCGUGGCUCGGGUACUUCGCGCCGUGGGGCUCCCCGGCGCCCUCCCCGCAGCAGUGGCGGGCGCCCUGGACGCCGCCCAACUCCGCCGGGGUCCUCGGCCCACGCCCCGGAGCUCCGCACCAGGCCUACCCCGUCGGCAUGCCCUCCUCGUCGUCCACGCCUCCAUGGAAGCAGCAGCAGGCCCUGAUGGCCCAGGCCUUCGCCAACAUGAACAUGCAGCAGCCUCCGGCCACCCACGAGUGGUUCAUGGACACAGGAGCUACAUCCCACGUCGCCGGGUCCAGUGGACAUGGCAACGGGGAGAAUUCUGAUGCGGUCCAGUAG